CGCUCUCCGCCAGAGCCUCACGCCGACCGCCCGCGUCGAGGUCCGCGUCCACCACUGCGAGUCCCAGACGGUCCCAGACGUCCCGGACAACGACAUGGCGGCCGCCAACCUGGCUCCCAGCGCCGACCUGGCCUCGGCCGUGGCGGCGCCCGCCCUGGCCGGCGUCGGCGUGCACGUCACCGAGGACGCCUUCGGCAAGGCGGACGGCGUGGCCGUGCAGCGCUACACGCUGGCCAACGGCAAGGUGAGCGUGCAGGUCAUCACGCUGGGCGCCAUCAUCAGCGCCAUCCGGGUGCCCGACCGCCAGGGCAAGCAGGCCGACAUCGUCAUGGGCUUCGACGACCCGCAGGGGUACCUGGGCAAGGACAACCCUUACUUCGGCGCCACGGUGGGUCGCGUGGCCAACCGCAUCGCCAACGCCAGCUUCAGCCUGGACGGCAGCGUGUUCAAGCUCCACGCCAACGCGCCCAACUCCGUCACCCUGCACGGCGGCCUGCGCGGCUGGGACAAGGCCGUGUGGGACGCGUCGCGGUUCGCGGACGGCGUCACCUUCUCGCUGCUGUCCCCCGACGGCGACGAGGGCUUCCCCGGCGCCGUGCUGGCCCAGGUCACGUACCGCCUGACGGCCGACAGCAGGCUGCUCGUCCACUACCAGGCCGUCGCCACCAAGCCCACGCCCGUCAACAUCGUCAACCACUCGUACUUCAACCUGGCCGGCCACGGCGCCGGCCCCGAGGAGGUGUACCGGACUCGCCUCGGCGUCAACGCCGACCGUUACACAGUGCUGGACCAGUUCCAGACUCCGACCGGCGGCGUGGCCGACGUGGACGGCACCCCCUACGACAUGCGGACGCACCCCCUGCUCGGCGACGUGCUCGCCAAGGCCGACGUGGACUACAACUUCGUCAUCUCCCGCGGCUCUGAGCAGCCCGGCCAGAUGGCCUUCGCCGCAGGAGCUUACCACGAGGCCUCCGGGCGCACGCUGGAGGUGUACACCGACCAGCCCGGCGUGCAAGUGUACACGAGCAACGGCCUGCCCGAGGCGUCCAAGGCCGCCGUGGUCGGCAAGGGCGGCGCCAAGUACUUGAAGCACGGCGCAUUCUGCCUGGAGACGCAGAACUUCCCCGACGCCAUCCACCACGUGGGUCGCUUCCCCGACAGUGUGCUGCGCCCAGGAUCAUUGUACCAGCACAACAUGGUGCUCAAGUUUGGCGUCCGAUCGGCGCAGUGAACAUCAAAUCAGGAGCAUCUCCAUCAACCAACCGGGAGGCACGGCCAACAAACUGAAAUCUGAAGUUGUCAGCAGUCCAAAGCAUUUUCAAAAGCUCUCAAAGAAAUAUAAUACUUCAUGUAAUUGCAGCGUGUGUUGGGGUUUUGAUUUCUGGAAAGGCAACUAAAUAACAACGGCAACGAAAGAAGAUUGGUCGGUAAUAAAUAAGACUAAACAUG